AUGAACAAAAUUUGGUACCGUGGAGUUUAUCAAUACCUGCAGGAAAAAGGUUUAGGCCCCAAGGACAUUUAUGCCGAUAUGGUUGUUACAUUAGGAGAUGACGCGUCAGCUUUAUCUACAGUGAAACGUGGACAACUGAAUUUAGGAAGGGAAGAGAGAUUCUUGAAGAUGACCCAACGUCUGGAUGUCAUACAACUGUCACCACAGGAAAACAUUGAUCGUUUUCACCACAUAUUGAAAUAUGACGGGCAAUUGACUUUCUAUCGUAUAGCCUAUACUAUUAUUAUAUCCCGUGACAUAGUUGAGAAUAUUCUGCACAAUGAACUUGGCAUGACGAAGGCUUCCGCUUCGUGGGUGCCACAUCUUCUGACACUUGAUCAAAAGCGCAUCAAGUUGAUCAUAUCACGAGAGAAUCUGACAUUAUUUGAGGCAGAUCCAGCUGAUUUCCUUGAACGUUUCGUAACCGAGGAUGUGUGUUGGGUUCAUCACUUCGAGCCAGAGACAAAGCGACAAUCCAAGCAGAGAAAACUCCCCUCCUCACCUGCUCCAAACAAGGCCAGCGUCGUUUCAUCUACAGGGAAGGUAAUGACCGCAAAUUUUAAGGAUGGAAAAGGUAUAGUGUCUUCAAAAGGACCAUGCGUCAAUGAAGAAUACUAUGUCAACUUACUGAGGUAG